AUGACGGUGCUGAGUAAGGUCCAGCGAUGGCUUCCCUCGGUCAAGGAGACCACGCCGGCUUUGUUGGGAACUGCGGCCGUGGUCUUGAUCAUCAAGUUCUAUAAGAAACAACACAACUUACAGUAAGGGCUAAAGUUUCAUUUUUUACAAUUUAGAAGUCAUCAAAAUUCAUGUGCUUGAAGAUUUGAGUCGAAAUAUUCGCUCACAGACGUCCAUUUUUUAUCACAAAAUGACAACCAAUUUGAAGCGGUUUUGCCAGCUUUUAUUUAAAAAUAAGCGCAUCGCCUUAGGCAAUUUUUUAUUCUCCAAAAACCCAAAACUCGAUUUUUUGAGUUAAAAUUGUUUCAGCCAAUUAGCGGUUGGGCCGCUCGUAAAAUUCGACAAAUCCAAGAAAAAAGAGGAGAAAUCGCACGUGGAUCUGGUGUUCCUCAAGAAACUGUGGAGAAUCGUCAAGAUUCUGAUUCCCAGCGUCUUUUCCGCCGAGGUCUUUUAUCUGGCGCUGAUCGCGGUCACAUUGUUGUCACGGACGUAUGCUGAUUUGUGGAUGAUCACCACUUCAACGUCCAUUGAAGCUGCUAUUAUUGACAGGGACAGGAAACGGUUCGUUAAAUGGAUCAUCCAUUACUUGAUGUGCAUGCCCAUCAUUUCGGUGGUCAAUAAUUUGCUCAAGGUAUGUCCGGGAGCUCAUACUUGCAUUGCUUUCUCAACCAGAAGGUCUUGGAGAGCAGAUCUAGGAAAUUUCGAACUGCUUUUGCCCUAAAGUUUCUCCUAACAAAAACUUCUUUAAAUUUUUGUCAUUUUAUGCAAAAAAUCGCAUAUCAGGUGCUGGAAAUUUUUUCUCACGCUUUACAGAGCAGUAUGUGUAAAUGGUUGUUGCUGCAGAAAGAGUAUGUAAAAAGCGGAGAGCGGUAAAAGAGAAAAACGUUUUUUGGACAGCUUUCUGGCUAACAUGGGAAGUACCCCAAGUGCGACGCUCAGAUUUUCUUUAGAUUUUGCACACAUGCCGGGCAUGAACUAAAUAUCAAUUCCUGAAAGUUUCAGCUUGCGCUUUGCAGGCGCCACCGAGAUACUGAACGAUUUUUGUCGCCGAGAGAAUACGCUAAACGCGGAGAGAGGUCAGAGACAAAAACCCUUUUUGGCCAUAAGUUCGCUAGUUUUGCGCGGAAAAAAUUUACUUUUUUGUGGAAACAUUACCCUCUAUGGUAGAAAUAGGUAUGAAAAUUUUCGUCCCGAAUUUCGAUCUAAAAAUCUCGGUUGUUUCUGCAAAGCGCAAGCUAGGAUUCUCGCAUAUAUCCUAGAAAAUUUAUUCUAAAUUUGUGCCAAGUUUCAUCAAAAUCUGAGCGUCGCACUUGGGGUACUUCCCCUGUAAAUUAAAAAUCCUUCUUAUGUUGGCUUUUCCCAAUAAACCCUCAAAAUAAGCAUUUCAUUUUCCUUCGUUUCAGUUCGGAAUCAGCGAGCUGAAGCUCCGCUUCCGCGAGCGUUUGACCCAUUACUUAUACAACCACUACCUCAAUGGCUUCACUUUCUACAAGAUGUCCAACCUGGACAACCGCAUUGCGAAUGCGGACCAACUCCUCACGCAGGACGUGGACCGUUUCUGCGAGGGAAUCGUCGAGUUCUACAGUAAUAUCAGCAAACCGUUGGUCGACGUGGCCCUGUAUGUUAGCACAAUCGGCGGGGCUCUCGGGUUUUCGGCGCCCGGUCGGCUUUUCGCCUACUUGAUCGCCUCGGGCAUCGCUUUAACGUACUUGCGAAGGCCUGUGGGGAAGCUGACGGUCGUUGAGCAACAACUGGAAGGCGAAUUCCGAUACGUGAAUUCGCGGCUAAUCAUGAACAGCGAGGAGAUUGCGUUCUAUCAAGGGAACGAGCGAGAGAAGACCUCGAUUAUGAACGCCUUCCAGCGGAUGGUGCAGCAUCUCCGGCAUGUGAUUUUGUUCCGCUUCUCGUUGGGAUUCGUGGACAAUAUUGUGGCCAAAUACUGUGCGACUGUGGUGGGAUGGUACACAAUGAGCCGGCCGUUCUUCAGCCGAAGCAACGUCUCCUUGAGGGGAAAGAGCAAAAAUGAGCUGAUGCAGGUAAGAAGGGAUUCUUUGUGGCCACAAAGGAAGGCCAAAAAAUGGGUGUUUGGUAAAAAAAUUUUAUUACAACUCUUACACUACAAACACUGCUCAUUGUAAGGGGUUUUAAAGCUUCUUACAGCUUGCUUUACGCCAAAAUAACCCCUAUGCACAAAAAAGAUUCCGCAAUGAUAACACUCCCAAAUCCCUGGAGGCUACAAGCCUUAAUUAGUCUUAGAAUGGACCUCAAAAUCGCUUGAUAGCAUCUCAAACCAGUAGAAUGAUCACUUUAAGUGCAAAUUCCUGCAAUUUUGUGGUAAACAGCUGCAAUAAAAACGAUGUGUCUUGAUAAGAAAAGGCGUCCAGUUACUACCCGUUCCCAUUUUUUUACUGACCAAAUCUACUAAAUUUAGAAUACUUUUAACGAAUUAAAACUGUGAUUCUAGGACUACUACAACAGUGGUCGCAUGAUGUUCAAGUUGGCUGAAGCCCUGGGGCGGUUGGCGUUGGCUGGCCGCGAGCUCACUCGUCUGUCCGGAUUCACAACUCGCGUCGACACUUUGCUCAACGUUUUGAAGGAUUUGGAGGAUGGGCGAUACGAAAGAACCAUGGUAAAUGGAAACAGCCAAGUGGAGGAGCAACAUGUGAGUUAUUUCAUCAAGGUUUUGAGCCGUGUUUACACCAACGAAAAUUAGUUUUCAAGCUAAAACUUUAUGCAAAUAAUUUUUUGGCUAUUUUAAAUAUUAGAACUUCCAGCGGGCGAUACGAUCCAGUGGCAAAAAAACGUACCAUUUUGCAUCCGGGAAACCUCAAAAAUGUGGCAAAAUGCUUCCCUCUCCAAGUGAAAAGACUUAGUUUUUGAAGGGCCCUCACAAAAAGAGCGGGCGCGCUUUUGAAAUCUGACUUUUUUCACGUGGAGAGGGAAGCAUUUUGCCGCAUUUUUGAUACUUCCCGGAUGCAAAAUGGUACGUUUUUUGCCACUGCAUCAGGUCCCCCACAGUACACGCGAAAUUUCAUCAAAAUUUGGCCAUGUAAACUUUUUUGAUCAUUCACUUUUCAGGCCCUACUCUCCGCCGAAGGCCUUGGAAUCAAACCGGGAAAAGGCGAGAUUCUCCUUCAAGAUAAUGUGAUCCGAUUCGAAAAUGUUCCAUUGGUCACUCCCAACGGCGAUGUUUUGGUGGAAAAUUUGAAUUUGGAAGUCCCUUCAGGCCGAAAUGUCUUGGUUUGUGGACCAAAUGGGUGCGGAAAGUCGUCUCUUUUCCGAAUUCUCGGUGAAUUGUGGCCUCUUUGGGGAGGAAAACUUACAAAACCCGAGUGUGGCAAGCUGUUUUAUGUCCCACAGGUAAGAGAUGCGACAAGAUCGAAGCGUUUUAUGUCACUAUCAUCCUAUAGUGGGGGACCUGAUCCAGUGACAAAAAAAGGUACCAUUUUGAAUCAAGGAGGCAUCAAAAAAUGUGGUAAAAUGCUUCCAUCUCCAAGUGAAAAAACUCAGAUUUCAAAAGCCCGCUCUUUUUGUGAGGGCCCUUCAAAUCGGUUUUUUUUUCGCUUGGGGAGGGAGGUAUUUUGCUACAUUUUUUCAUACUUUUCGGAUGCAAAAUGGUACUUUUUUGCCAGUGGAUCCGAUCCCCCGCUGUGUAUAGUGGCAUGUUGAACAAGUCACCAUUUUUAAAUCUUAAAAGUGUGCCUGUUCUCCAGCUCAAAGAAAAGUUUGAAACCAACCAGUUCAAUGGCCAAGAACUUUAUUUUAUGCCGUUUUCUUUCAGCGCCCCUACAUGACAAUUGGCACGCUCCGCGAUCAGAUUAUCUAUCCGGAUAAGCCGGCGGACAUGCGGCGGAAGGGGAUCAACGACAAAGACCUAGUCCAAUUCCUCGACCAAGUCCAACUCUCCUAUAUCCUGAGCCGCGAAGGUGGCUGGGACUCCAUCCAGGACUGGAUGGACGUCCUCUCAGGCGGAGAGAAGCAACGAAUCGCCAUGGCCAGACUGUUCUAUCACAAGCCGCAGUUCGCCAUCCUCGACGAGUGCACGUCGGCGGUGAGUGUGGACGUGGAGGGCGCCAUGUACGAGAAAUGCCGCGAGCUUAACAUCACCCUGUUCACAGUGUCGCAUCGCAAGUCCUUGUGGGUCCAUCACGAAUUUUACCUGCAAAUGGACGGCCGAGGGCACUACGAAUUCGAAAAGAUCACCGAAAAUGUCGUUCAGUUCGGGUCGUAA